AUUUGUUAUCCCCUUGAGCCGGCCUUCUCUCUGUGAAAUGGGUUCGCCAAAGCUGGUGAACUUGUCUUGUAAACCCCAUCACAAUCUCUGAAACUUGUUGUUGUUGUUGUGUUAUCUAGCUGGUCCAUGUACAUUGCCCCUUCUGUUUCAUGGGCCGGCAUCAAACAAGCAAUCCUUGCGCUUUCUCAAGAUAACGAGAGACAAGCAAGCCACAGUACUGUACCUCUUGGACGGGGGACUGUGGGUUCCGAACUAACGAAAGUUUUCUAACGUGGGCCCCCUCUCCAGCUUCCGGCCUUGACUCCUCCUCGGGACGCGCUGCCCCGCUGUCCAAGUCUAAUAAUACCCCGCCGGUUAUUCACUCGUUCACUCAGCAAACUCGGUUCCCGUCCUUCACUCAGAUUCGCAAAAUGUCGUCCUCCAACUCCCGCCGUCUCAACAUUGACAACAUCAACCCGCACGUCAGAGCGGCCAAGUACGCUGUGCGCGGUGAGCUUGCCGUCAAGUCCGAGGAGUUCCGGGCCGCCCUCCUCCGUGGAACCUCCGACAUCCCCUUCAGCCAGGUCAUCUCGGCCAACAUCGGCAACCCCCAGCAGCUUGACCAGAAGCCCAUCACCUUUUUCCGCCAGGUCCUCAGUCUCCUCGAGAACCCUCUGCUUCUCGAGCAUGAGGACGUCCUCAUCAACCACCUCGGCUACAAGACUGAUGUCAUUGAGCGCGCCAAGUGGUUCCUCAAGAAUGUCGGCUCCGUAGGAGCUUACAGUGCCAGCAACGGCGCCCCUGCCAUUCGACAGCACAUUGCCGAGUUUCUCGAGAGGCGCGAUGGCUUCCCUGCCAACUGGCAAGACAUCUACCUCUCUGCCGGUGCUUCUUCGGGAGUCAACACCCUCCUGCACAUCAUCUGCGCCGAUGAGAAGAGCGGCAUCCUGGUUCCCAUCCCCCAGUACCCUCUCUACACCGCCUCGCUCUCCAUCCUGAACGCCACCUGCGUUCCCUACCUCCUCGAUGAGUCCAAGAACUGGGGCACCGACAUCAACACCAUCAAGGAGUCGUACCAAAAGGCCAAGGACGCCGGCGUCGACACUCGCGCCAUCGUCAUCAUCAACCCCGGCAACCCCACCGGCGCCUCCCUCUCCGAGGAGGACAUCCGCGCCGUCCUCGAGUUCGCGCGCCAGGAGCGCCUCGUCGUCCUCGCCGACGAAGUCUACCAGACCAACGUCUUCAUCGGCGAGUUCAUCUCGUUCAAGCGCGUGCUCCGCCAGCUGCAGAAGGAGAACCCCGACGGCAAGUACGACUGCGUCGAGCUGGCUUCCCUCCACUCCGUUUCCAAGGGCAUGGUGGGCGAGUGCGGCCACCGCGGUGGCUACUUUGAGCUGGUCAACUUUGAUCCCGAAGUCCAGGCUGAAAUCUACAAGUUCGUCAGCAUCAUGCUCUGCGCGCCUGUAAUUGGCCAGUGCUUGGUCGAGCUGAUGGUCAACCCGCCCAAGCCUGGCGAGCCCUCCUACGAGCUCUACCAGAAGGAGUACCGCGGCAUCUACGAGGGCAUGAGAGAGCGCGCCAACGCCCUCCACAAGGCGUUUGAGCAGAUGGAGGGCGUCGAGUGCGGUGCUCCUCAGGGUGCCAUGUACCUCUUCCCUACCAUCAACUUGCCCCCCAAGGCCGCCGAGGCCGCCGCCAAGGAGGGCCGCACCCCCGACGAGUUCUACUGCAUGAAGCUCCUCGAGGCUACCGGCGUCUGCGUUGUUCCUGGUUCUGGGUUCGGUCAGAAGGAGGGUAGCUUGCACUUCCGCACUACCUUCCUUGCCCCUGGUACCGAGUGGGUUGGCAGCAUUGUCAAGUUCCACAAGGAGUUCAUGGAUCAAUAUCGUUGAAAGGCUCACACCACUGUCAAAGUGCAUUUGAUUCGAAAACGGUACUUGAUGAAAGGACUCUUUGCGGUUCGUCACGGUGGUGAUGGGUGGGUGUCGACUGUCCUCGAAAUGGAUGGAUGGUCUGACUAUGACGCUGCGCACAAGGGGGGGCACUCGUU